AGUUGGUGCGGUCAUAACAAUUCCAGCCACGAUCAGGUUGAGAGGUUCGGUGCGCGUGUUCAACCGUUUUUUCCGUAUGUUGCUCGUUUGAGGGGUGCUUGACACACUAACGACGAUCGUUAUCGUCAAGGAUACGCUUGCAAACAGUUGGUUAGUGCGAUUGUAGCAGAAUAUUCGACUCUACCUCUAAGUGUGAUAUAUUUUCUAAUCGUUGAAGAAAAUUAAACUGUUCCACAUGUGGGUUAACAUUUUCACCUGUUGCUGAUUAUGAACUGGAUAUUACUUGCGGGUUGUGUGAGUGUAUUGCGUUGACGCAAAGUGCCAAAGAGCGCCAACCGGCUGUCUGGUGUCGUUUGCCGUUGUCUGAGCAUGAGGUGUUUAUCUUCUUGCAUCCACCAUCAUUCUCUCCGCGUAUUUAUGUUCAAUCUACCACGUCUGGAGCCUGAAUAAAAUAAUACCACCAACACAAUCUACCAUAAUCCACUACCACAGCACAAAGUCUAUGUCCAGAGAGCUAAAAAUGUUUUAAUCCGCCGACCAUUCUUCGGGAUCGUCAUACAUGUGAGGAGAAUUAUUCAUUCAACGAGGAAACCUGUUACGGGUUGAUUCUGCUUUGGUUGGUUUUCCUCCGUCCCAUUCAGUCAAUUUUCAGCGAUCCGUUAAGUUCUCGUUUUUUCUUGAAGUCCGAAGUGUUGUGGCCACGAGAUCCCGUCCAAAAAGUGAGCAACAUAUCCGCAUAUUGCCAAUAUUGGUGGCUGCCAUCUUUCCUGGAAAGUGGGUGCAGUCGAAUGGGAUCAGUAGAUCAAGCCACAAACGGCGAACACCCUGUCUCACCAUCAAGCUGCGGUGAUCGGAUAAAUAACAGAAGAAACCAAACAAGUGACCCCCUGUCUGCAAUGCUGCUGUGAAGAGAUUAGCGUAAUGAAGCGUAAAUCGGUGCUGCGGAGCUUAAUGAUCGCAGUUGGCCAAGGCAAAAACCCAUUAGAACGGUUUCCAAGGUAGAGUAGAGAGUGGCUUACUUAGGCCUUACUUACGUCAUACGCGUGCCGAAGAACCGAGUGAAGUGUGAAGAUAGUAUUCUUUUGAAGCAAGUGAAGUAUUUUACAGCUACGUUGACCAAGUUUCUUGACCUUAGACGAUGCCAACCAUAAUUAGCAAAACCUGCUGAGUGCAAUGUACUAGAAGAACUUUGAUUACGAAAUUGCUGCCCCUGAAGAAGGUGCAAACAAAGAAGAAAAUGGAAUAAAGGAAAGUUCAAAGAAGCGGUUACUGAGCGAAAAUAAUACAAAUCAAGUGGGCACUCGAAGCAGGAUAAUUGGAGACAUCAGUGCAAGUGUGUGUAUUUUAAAGGUGCGUGUUGCCCACAGUUUUGCCUUGGAUGGCAUUGUAAAAAAAAAGAAACAGCUAUACGGCUCUAGUGGUGUGUUGCCGCGCAGCUUGCACUGGAAUUUGGAACCCUGGCGGUAGUGUGUGGGAGGGGUGUGAACCGAGUAAUGAAAGGCGGCUGCAGCUACUGGUACCAGAAGGCAUACCACUGAGAAGGGGCACAAUGAUGGGAACUAUUCGCAUCGAAGACUAACGUGUGCGGUGGAAAAUGAAAGUUUUUCUUCACCGGUCGGGCCGAAAUUCGUCAACUGCAUGAAUCCGCCGUAUAGAAUGCCUCCGCAGCCACUCGGGACGUAUGGUGUGCAAAAUGACCAUCCCAUCCCCGGUACAGCCGCAGCAAUCGACAGUCCACAUGUGCUGAGCCCGCCUCUGCGAACUCACUCGAGCAAAUUUCCGAUCGAACGCGAACUGGUGCUUUCCUCGAACAAAAAUGCUUCGAAGAUUCCGCUGAUGCAAGAUAACCGAAACACAAGCAUUCCAUUGUUGAACCGUUCAUCAGUUUCCGCGGUUGGACCGGACUUGCCAACCAAGCAAACGCAGGCCUGGAAUCAAGCGCAAAUUGAAGUCAUCCAUUCAUCCAUAACCGGAACGAUCCCUCGUAAUGCGGUGCGUUUACCAGAAGAUGUUACAGCUCUAGCAGAGCGUGACGGACUUUCCAAGGAUAAGGAAACAGUGAAGAAAUCAGUCUCGAAAAAUUAUCAUAAACUGAAGGACUUAAUUUCGUCCAAAUUUAAGAAGGAUAGCGCAGAUACCGUUGAAGACGAGCUGAACAACGUCUCGUCAAUGCUGCAGCAUCAUCUUCAACACCAACAACAGGCCGAUAGUCUCGGAUCGCCAUCAUUCCACAUGCCUGGAGUAAACCAAGGUAACAAUUUGAACCACGCGCAAUCCAAUAUUAACUUGUGGAGUUCGAAUGCCAGAGGUGAUUCCCCUCUGUAUUAUCAUAAGAAGUUUGCUGAUCCAGCAGAAGGAUACAACGCUGAUUCGUUGACCGGCUUCCGCAGCAUGAAAGCUAUGUCGCAACCGCAACUUAACACAGCAACAAUAGACAUCAAUAGAACUCCUCAAAAUUUUACCAAUCAAAUGGAUGGAACCGACAGCGAUGACGGAGGAUUCCGACAACACAACAAUUCACGGGUGAACGUUCAAACCCCGGCGCAACAACAAAACCGCCAACUGCAGCAGAACUAUGUUCAUAACUAUCGUCACAACCAUCCCCAAACGGGACAAUCCACGCCUCAAAUGACCCCAGUGAACUUCCAGCAUACCCCUCAAACAAGACAUAAAAUACUUGCUGAAUACUCGGAUAGUCCGAUCCCGCAUCAACAACAGAUUCCACACAGUGCGGGUCAUAUGACGAUUAACAUUGGCGAAUCCAGUUAUAAUGGACACGAUCAAAUGGAUAAAAACCACAAUCCAAUGGAGUCCAGUGGCCCCUCGGCAGGUCCGAGAUCGCUCCAAAAAACAUCAAACCCAUCGCAGUUUGUCAAUGGGAACCAAACCAACAACGGCAACAACACAGUGGUACAGAUUGCCUCGGAUUCGUCGCAUGUCGUACAAACCAACACCAGUGGGGGUAAGCAAAUAGAUUCAAUUUCCAGUUCAGAUUACGAUCGGAAUGGGAAUCACAGCUCCAACGUAGACUCGGGCCGAGGUAGUGCAGCGUAUUCCAGCGGGAGGAAAGGUAUUGGACAGCAAUCGAUCGGCAUGAACAUGAUCGAACAUGCCGAACGAAAUCGAAGCAAAUCAGAAUCAGAAUGGAUCGACGUAGUGGACGCAGAAUUGCGCAAUAUACUCGAACCAGGAAUGAAAGGAAUGAUGAUUCGUCCGGAAAGCACUAUGUCCGAAAGCGCUUCCUCCAUGUCUCCUCCAUUACCUCCGUUGUCGCCAGAUGGUGUAACGUCGUAUCAUGCAGCACCCACUGGUGUUGGCCAAAACAUCAUCCACAGUAAGACGGGAAACUCUUCGAAACAUCAAGGCAAACAAGAAUAUGGAACUGAUACCUACAACCGAGCCAGUAAAAAUCCUCAACCCAUCGGACCGUCCAAAGGCCAACCUUCUGUGAACACAAUUCAGAACUACAUGCACAAUCUGAAACUAUCGUCCAGUAGUAAGAAGCAUGAGCAGAACAUGCUCAAGAAGCAUUUAUUUGGACUGGACACGGACGGUGCUUCCGUGACAAACACGACUCGCUCUCUCGAUUUGGAGUCCCUUCUUGGAGGUCCGUGGGACGCUACGCAAUCGGUUAGUGAAUCUGAAACUGACGGAGGCCUCCAGCAGAUUCGCAACCAACUGGAAGGCCUCGAAUCUAUGUACAGUGAAGUGCUUAAAAUGCUUGGCAAUCGGAUGGCCAGCAACGAAAUCAGUCAGCGAGUUAAUCGCCGGAGACGUCACGGCAGCUUGUCGUCGCUUCCUUCCAGUUCGGUUAGUGGGCGUCCCAUUCGGGACCGUAGACGAACGGACGAACGUCGAAAGGUACGCGAUAUUCGAGGUAUCAACAAGCGCUUCCAGAGAUUGGAAUCCCAUGUAGUCACGCUGGCUCGCAGUGUUGCUCAUUUGUCGUCGGAGAUGCGCUCCCAGCAUGUUGUUGCCCAGGAACUGGAAGAAAUUAGGAACGAUAUGGCAAUGAUGCGAUCACAGUCGAUGCACCACAUACCGAUGAAUGCGAGCGCGGGUGCAACGGGAGCGGGGGCUGCAGGUGCGAACGCUAGUUCUAAGGAACCGAUGAAUCUGACUAACCCCAGGCGGGUGAAGAAGUUGACAAAAUUUUUCGGAGAGGAUCCUCCGUUGAUGAAGCUGUUCCUGAAGAAACUGGGUUAUGAGAAAUAUGCUUCCAUCUUCGAGAAUGAACGGGUCGGAAUGAUCGAGCUGCCGUACCUAGGAGAGGAGAGACUGCAAAAGAUGGGCAUUCCGCUGGGACCUCGAUUACGAAUUCUCCAGGAGGCUCAGAUAUCACUGUGCCGCGACACCACACUCUGCAUAGUCUAAUAAAGUGCGAACGUUAUUUGUUUUACAAUUUACAAAACAGAAAAAAAAAACAAACAUUUGUACUCAAACAUCGUCAUAAUAACUUAGUAGCGCGCGACACAGUUCAACCGAGCCAAAGACUAUCAUCGAUAAACUAACAUUUUUUUUAGCGAACAUUACUUCCGUCCCCAGUGCUAACCAGUGAACACCUCCGUCCGUUUUUUUAUUCUACUUGUAGUAUUUCUUUUUACAUACAUAUGUAAGGAACUAAGAAUUGCAUAUCAUGACAGUUAUUUGUGCGACAUCGUUCCUUGGAACACCUAUGGUUCUUGCUUCCAAUACUCACGAUGGAGCUUGUAUUUUGUAAACGUACUGUUGAAAUAAACGAUUUUUAAUUAUCAAACGAAGCAAA